AAGAAUUCGGUAAAGAUGAGAAGGAAAAAAGCAUGCAACAAGCGAAGAAGGGUGGCCUCAGGACUAUUCCUUUUAUCAUCGCAAAUGAAAUCUUUGAGAAGGUUGCAAGCCAAGGGCUUCUGGCAAACAUGAUCAUAUACCUCACAAAAGUUUACCAUAUGACCACUGCAACCGGUGCAAAUGUUCUCUUAAUAUGGUAUGCUCUGUCUAAUUUCAUGCCCAUUUUCGGCGCUUCCCUCUCUGAUUCCUACUUUGGUCGCUUCGGAGUCAUUGCACUGGGAUCAUUUAUAAGCUUAGCUGGAAUGCUUCUUCUGUGGUUGAGUGCCGCUCUCCCGGGAGCCAGGCCUGCAAACUGUGACGAUUCCUCUGGAAAUUGUAAUUCUGCCACUUCAUCUCAGCUUGCGCUCUUGUUCUCCUCUUUCGCUCUUAUUUCCAUUGGAGCUGGAGGCAUCAGGCCUUGUUCAUUAACCUUCGGCGCUGAUCAAUUGGAAAGGAAGGAUGAUCCACAGAACGAGAGGAAACUGCAAUCCUACUUCAAUUUUUAUUAUGCAUGCGUUGCAACCUCCAUCAUCGUUGCGGUUACUGUCAUUGUUUAUGUACAAGCUAAGGGAUUUAAUGUUGGAUUUGGCAUUCCGAGUGUCACUAUGAUGAUUGUGACGCCGCCGCAUUUUGGCAGAUAUCCUCUUUAUCGAAAAGUUAAACCGGAUAAGAGUUUGUUCUCGGGUUUUUCUCAAGUAUUUGUAGUGAGUGUGAAGAAUCGUCGCCUUUCAUUGCCACCCAAUACUACGCAUGGGUGGUAUCAUCACAAGAAGGGUUCUAGUCUCACAGUCCCCUCUGACAAGUUGAGGUUCCUGAACAAAGCCUGCAUUAUCCGAAACCCCGAAAAGCAACUAAACCCUGAUGGUUCAGCCAUCAAUCCAUGGACCCUAUGCACGGUCCAGCAAGUAGAAGACUUCAAAUCUGUGGUCCGUGUUCUGCCCCUCUGGUCAACCUGCAUUAUACCCGCCGUGGUCAUCAGCCAACACUCCUUCCCUGUGGUCCAGGCCAACACCAUGGACCGCCACGUCAGCCGUGAAUUCCAGAUCCCUGCAGGAUCCUUCGUCGUCUUCGGAAUCGUCACCCUAACCCUCUGGGUUGUAAUCUACGACAGAAUAAUCGUCCCUCCGCUCUCCAAGAUCACAGGCAGGCCUCGUGGUUUCAGCCUGAAACAGAGAAUGGGUAUAGGAUUUUUCCUCUCUAUUAUCGCUACAGCAACUGCUGCAUUAAUUGAAACAAAACGACGACAUAAAGCUAUUGAUCAGGGACUGCAGAACAAUGCGAAGGCUAUAGUCGACAUGUCUGCAAUGUGGCUUAUCCUGCAGCAUUGCCUAACCGGACUAUCUGAGGCUUUUUUCAUUAUUGGACAGAUUGAGUUCUACUACUCAGAGUUCCCCAAGAGUAUGGCAAGUAUUGGGGUAUCAUUGUUUGCUUUGGGGAUGGGGAUUGGGAAUUUGGUAGGGAGUUUGAUCGUUUCGGUGCUCGAGAGAGUUACAGGGAAGAAUGGAGGUGAGAGCUGGGUUGCUGAUAAUCUGAACAAAGGGCACUAUGACUAUUACUAUUGGCUUCUUGCAGUGUUGAGUGGGGUGAACUUCUUCUACUUCUUGGUUUGCAGCUGGAUUUAUGGAGAGGAGGGAUUGAAUAAGGUUCAUGCAGAGAAGGAAGAUGAUGUUGAUGAUGAUGAUGAUCAUACAGCAUUAGGAGAUGAGAUGCUUGAGAAGUCCCCGAAGAUUUCAGUUAUCCUGUGAGCUUCUUGGUUAAUAAUCAGCUGGUGUUGGUACUUUACUUGAUCAUUAUUAAAUAAUUCUUGAGGGGGACGAUUGAAAAUGAGUACCAUGCAUUAAACUGUUUAGGGUUUCCCUCUCUUUGCCUAAUCAUAGGUAGUGAUAAAACAGUGGAUUCAAAUGU